UUUAUUUUUCUCUUUUGGGCUCUGUGACCAGUUAAUGAUUAGUGAGCUCCCAGAGGAGUUUGUUGAAGGCUGUGAUCCUCUGGCCUUAGCGAUCUGCUGUUGCCUGGAGCUGAGACCUCCAGCUCAGAGAUGCCCUGGAGCCUCUGGGAGAGAUGCUUCUGGCUGUGGGGGCUCCUUCUGUGGCUUGGCGUGCGAAGUGCAGGGGACACACCUGCUACCUCCCAGCCAAGAUGCACUGACUUCCAGAAUGCCAGCUUUCUCCGAGGUACCAACCUGAGAGUCCAGUAUCUCCUCUUUGGCCCUUCAGAUUCUGGCUGUGGGCAGCUACUGGAAGAAAACAGUGACAUCCAAAACUCUGGAUUCAAUGCCACUCUAGGAACCAAGCUAAUUAUUCAUGGAUUCAGGGUUUUAGGCACAAAGCCUUCCUGGAUUGAUGCAUUCAUUAGAGCCCUCCUGCAGGCAACAGAUGCUAAUGUCAUUGCUGUGGACUGGGUUUAUGGAUCUACAGGCGUCUACUACUCAGCUGUGGAUAACGUGGUUAAGUUGAGCCUAGAGAUCUCUCGCUUCCUCAGCAAACUCCUGGUGCUGGGUGUGUCAGAGUCCUCUAUCCACAUCAUUGGUGUUAGUCUAGGAGCCCACGUUGGGGGCAUGGUGGGCCAUUUCUACAAAGGCCAGCUGGGACGGAUCACAGGCCUGGACCCCGCGGGACCGGAGUAUACCAGGGCCAGCCUGGAGGAGCGCCUGGAUCCAGGAGACGCCCUCUUCGUGGAAGCCAUCCAUACAGACACUGACAAUUUGGGUAUCCGGAUUCCGGUGGGACACGUGGACUACUUCGUCAAUGGAGGCCAAGACCAACCGGGCUGUCCCCUGUUUAUUCAUGCAGGUUACAGCUAUCUGAUCUGUGAUCACAUGAGGGCUGUCCAUCUCUACAUCAGUGCCCUGGAGAAUUCCUGUCCAUUGGUGGCCUUUCCCUGUGCCAACUACAAGGCCUUCCUGGCUGGACAAUGUCUGGAUUGCUUGAACCCUUUUGUGCUUUCCUGUCCAAGGAUAGGGCUGCUGGAACAAGGUGGUGUCAAGAUAGAGCCACUUCCCAAGGAAGUAAGAGUCUACCUGCGAACCACUUCCAAGGCCCCGUAUUGUGUGCAUCACAGCCUCGUGGAGUUUUACUUGCAGGAGCCAAGAAAAAAGGACACCAGCAUUGAGAUCAACUUUGUAAGCAGCAAUGCCACCUCCUCCAUCAAGGUCAUCAUAGCUAAACAGCAACUCCGUGGGAAAGGAAUCAUGGCCCACCCCAACCCACCCUGCCAGAUAAAGCAAGUGAAAUUCAAGCUUCAGGCUUCCAGCCAAGUUUGGAGAAGAGACAGGACUACCAUUGUUGGGAGGUUCUGUACUGCUCUUCUACCUGUCAAUGACAAUAAAAAGACGAUCUGCUUACCUCAGCCAGUGAACUUACAAGAGAGUGAGUCUGUGGUUCAUGACUGGAAAACACCGUGUAUGACAUAAGCCCAGGCAGGACCCAUCUUCCUGGAUUUUUUUGAGGGGUGUGUGUGUGUGUGUGUGUGUGUGUGUGUGUGUGUACCCAAGUUAUGUUGGCCCAUUACUGCAGAAAGAAGUACAAAUUCUUGGUUAUUUUUCUCAUAAUUAGUUCCAUGGAAGGGAGAGUUGACUCACUUGGUAGAACUUGAUCUCCAUUGCCAAUCUGAAAAGCUUUACGUUGAUACACUCUUCACUUCCCUAUUCCUACGUAACUGCAGUAGCCUCAUGCCUUGGCAUCUGUACUUAGGAUUCAGUGGAAACAUAUACAGAGAAAAAAUGGCUUGUUAAAAAAUAAAGCAUCAUGGAAUAUCUGAA